AUGACAACGCCCGAGAACGACAACGCCGGUUUACUAGAUGCACACCCCGAACAGUGGAGGCCCGCCGUGGAUGAUCACCUAGUGCCUGUGGUUGGACGCCAAUUUAAAACGCUGUCCGAAGGUGUCCUGUUCUACAUGAAGUACGCACGCUUAAGCGGAUUUGACGUCCGAAAGAGUUCAACGAAGCGAGACCGACAUGGGGUAACUUACAUGCGGUAUUUAUUGUGCAGCCGACAAGGUGUCAAAGGUGGUGGUAGGUUAGAACGUGGACCUGAAUGCAGCAAUGGAAAGACCAGGGAGCGUCGUCGUAGGAUUUCUAACCGAGUUAAAUGCAAAGCCAAGAUCUGUUUGAGGAAGCAUAGCUCUGGGGAGUUCAUUGUGUCUGUUUUCGUUGAGGAGCAUACCCACCAAUUGUGUUCCGAGUCUUCUAAACAAUUUCUGCGAUUAAACCGGGGGCUCGAUGUGGCACAACAGGCAUUUUUGGGAAACUGUAUUAAGGCUAACAUCGGUGGUUCAAAAAGCUUACGGCUUUGCAAGGAGAUGACAGGUUCAUACGCGAAUGUAGGUGCAACUAACGUGGAAUUCCAGAAUUUUAGACGUGACCUGCAAAUGUAUGUUGAUGUCGGCGAUGGGGAGAUGAUCAUUGAGAAGUUCAAAAUACAGAAGGAAGUCUGCAAUGAGUUCUUUUAUGAAUACCACCUUGACGAUGAGGGGCGGCUAGCGCGUCUUUUUUGGGCUGACCCCACCGGUAGGCGAGCAUUUUCUUGCUACGGUGAUAUUAUCUCGUUCGAUGCAACCUAUGGGACAAACAGGUACAGUAUGGUGUUUGUUCCAUUCACCGGGGUGGACAACCACAAACGAUGCAUCACCUUCGCAGCCGGGUUGCUCACCAAGGAGGAUGUAGACUCAUAUAGUUGGCUAUUGGAGAAAUUUAAAUGCGCAAUGGGAAAGACCCCAUCGUGUGUUGUGACCGACCAGGACCCAGCAAUGAGAAUCGCUAUCAAACAAGUUUUAUCGGAGUGUCUCCAUCGCUUUUGUAUGUGGCACAUCAUGACCAAAGUUAACGAAAAGCUUGGGAGUGAGUUAGCUAAGGACGAAAAGUUUCGCACGAGAUUAAAUGGUAUCGUGUGGAACGAGAGGCUCCAUACCACUGAAUUUGAGCUGCAAUGGCAAAAAUUAAUGGAUGAUUACAAGUUGUCAGACCACCGUUGGUUUUGCAAACUAUACACGGAAAGGGAGAGUUGGAUACCGGCAUAUUUUGCAGAUUUGCCCAUGAGUGGGUUGUUACGAACCACCUCCCGUUCAGAAGCAGAGAAUGGUGUUUAUGGUAAAUUCACACGCCCCCAUUCGAGUUUGGUAGAGUUCUACAUGCAGUUUGAGAGUGUGCUUGAAAUGCAACGCUACCGACAAGCCAAACUGAACGCAGAGUGUGAGGGUUACCUGCCAGAGUUUAAAACACCUCUAGCGCUUGAGCGUCAUGUUGCGCAGCUAUUCACGAUAACUAUUUUUUACGAGAUACAAAAGGAGAUCGAAGCUGCUUGCUUUUAUUGCUACGUCGUGGGAAUCCGUGAGGACGGUGGGGGCAUCCAUUACGACAUCAAAGGCGAAUGCAAUACUAUUUUCACCGUGCACCACGAGCCAAAUGUGCAGAACACAUCAUGCAGUUGCAAGCUAUUUCAAAGGAUUGGGCUGGUUUGUAGGCAUAUGUUCCUUGUUUUUCGAGUUGCCGAAUUGGAGACGUUACCGUCGAAAUACAUCAUGAAACGUUGGUGCAAACAUCUUACCUGUGGUGAAUGUAGUGCUGAAACGUCGACGAGUGGGCGGCCAGCAUCCGGAGCCAUCCAACUGUGGGCUGAGAUAAACGCGUGUGUUGGGUUGGUGGGCAAUAGCACAGAGCGGGAGGCUCGCAUGGUCGAAGUACUGAAGGGACUUAUUAUGGAAUUUGCGAAUGAUGGUGGUACUAUGGACCCUAUUACGGGUAAUCGUGCUGCGAUUCAAGCAUUGUGUGGUGUACAGCCGCCACAAAUUAUAACAAUCAAAGCACCCGCUCAAGCGAAAAAUAAAGGUACUGGAAAGCGUAUUAAGAGUAGUCGGGAACUGGCCAUCGAGAAAAGUGUUAAGAUUGGCCGAAAGUGCGGAAUUUGUGGGAAGUACGCCCACCAUAAUGCUCGUAGUUGUCCGUUAAAGUGA